AUGGCCAUAGAGGAUAUCUCCACGUUUCAACCACACAGCGCAAUCUCCAUCUCAAGCGUACAUUCUGAAUUAUACCGCGAUGUCAAAGUCUCCGAUACCAGCCAAUUAACUCGGCGCAUUAGUCAUGUCGAGGAAUCGAAAGAGGAGAACGAGCAACUCCCUGUUUACCGCCUAUAUAAACGCCGCUUCGCUGGCCUUGUUGGUUUCAUCUUAUUGGGCCUCGUGACCGGUAUGCCCUGGGCAUGGUUUGGGCCCAUAUCAACUGAUGCUGCUCGGGCCUUUCACAUUUCCAUCGAUCAAGUGAACUGGCUUGGUAACAUUAUAUCUUGUGUCUACCUCCCUGUCUCGCUCCUCGUUCCCGUUUUUUGCGCGCGCUUCGGCAUUCGUCGCUGCGCUGAAGUCGGUGUAGUGACACUCUUCAUAUCAGGCUGGGUGCGCUAUGCGGGCACCAUCACGACCUUGUCCUCUGAGAGCGCUUAUACGCUACUUAUACUCGGUCAGUUCCUCUCAGCAAUAUCCCAACCUAUUUUCCAAGUCCUUGGUCCAAAAUAUUCCGAGAGGUGGUUUGACCUUAAAGGGCGAACUACAGCAACGAUGGUGAUUGCCGUCGCCAACCCUGUAGGCGGCGCAAUUGGUCAAUUGCUUAGUCCUCUAGUCGGUACUGCAAAGCAAUCUAUAUUGGUCCUAGCGAUCACAUCUACUGUAGUUGCUCCGGCCCUUUUUCUCAUCCAGAGUGAACCAAAAAGCCCACCUACAUAUGCAGGCUCCAAGGCGCCACAAUCACUCUACUCCCUCCUGUGUGCGAUGGUCGGGAAAGUUAGCCCCGGCGACCCUGCUUACAUGACUCCUCACGAACGGCUGGACUUCACCAUCAAUACGCUACUUUUUGGUGUACUCGUUGGCGCGGCAAACGCACUCAGCAUCCUUUCUGCGCAAUAUUUUGAACCUGAGGGGUACAGCGACGCCAUAUCAGGUCUUUUUGGUGCAACCCUCCUACUUAGUGGGGUCAUCGCCGGUGUCUUCACUGCUCCUCUGUUUGAUCGGGUAUUGACCCACCAUCUGGGCAUAACACUAAAGAUUCUUGUCCCGAUUGCUGCAGGAGCAUGGUUGAGCUUAAUCUGGGCUGUCAAACCAAAUAACACCGGCGGUCUCUUCGCGAUCAUGGCUAUCAUUGGUAUCUGCUCCCUGAUCAUGCUCCCAGUCGGUCUCGAGUUAGGAGCCGAGGUUACCCGAAAUGCAGAUGGCAGUGCCGCUAUUUUGUGGUGUGCAGGCAACGCAUUUGGCAUUAUAUUCAUAGUCGCGGAAGGCGCUCUCCGCGCAUCGGCAACUGCAUCCCCGCCAUAUAACAUGCACGCAGCGUUCGUGCUGCACGGCGUGAUAGUGAUGGUGGUUGGCGCGAGCGUGGUGUUCGUGCGCGCAAAGCAGGCACGGCGGGAGAUGGACGAACGCAUGGCAAACCGGCAUGUAGAAGCGGUCCCGAUGGAUACAUUAGGCACGGCCUCUUCAGGUCAGUCCAUCAGGUCGAUAGAAAAGGAGGAGAGCGGAUCGAUACAGGGUAAAGGUAACUUGAUACCGUUGCCUGACAAAAGAGAUGAUGUCAGGGUGGAGGAGAUCGGGAUUAUCACACGACCACGUUCAUGA